AUGGGAGACGUCACCCACAUGGAGCGCCUCCACACAAACGAUCUCGAGAUUGGUGCAACAGAAGCCAUCCAAAAACACUUCGCCCGCCACGUCGUUGCGACUAAAUCUGUCUCCCAACGCAAACUCAACUUCGAACAUUCCCGUCCUCGAUGGCUCCGCGAAUGCAUGGCUGAGGCCACCGGCGUCUUCUUUCACGUCUUCCCCGGCAUUGCCGCAGUGACGGCUUUCACGAUCAACAAGGAAGACGCCGCAUUUGGAUUCUUGUUCCAGGUGGGCUGGGCCUUUGCGUUAGGAAUCGCGUUUGCGAUUAUCACGUGUGCAUCGACGAGUGAUGGGCAUUUCAAUCCGGCUGUUACGAUUUGUUUUGCGGUCUGGCAGGGGUUUCCAUGGAAGAAGGUGCCCUGCUACAUCUUCAGCCAGAUCUUCGGCGCGUUCAUGGCUGGACUUCUGCUUAUGGGCUUGUAUCAUGAACAGCUCGAAGCUUAUGCUGAGGGUUUGAGAGCGACUGGUGUUACGAGCAUGGUUUUUAAUGGGGGUCCCGCGUCCGUGCUAUGCUCAUUUCCAGCCGAGACGCAGCACAAUCCGGGGUAUUUGUUCUUGAUUGAGUUCUUCGUGGAUAGUUAUAUUGGAAUCAUCAUCUGGGCGACUCUCGAUCCUGCUAACCCUUUCAUCUCACCCUCGGGCGCUCCCUUCGUCAUCGGUCUCGCCUACGCCACCAUGGUCUGGGGCUUCGCAGACAUCACCAUCAGCACCAAUCUCGCCCGUGACCUAGGCACCCGGAUCGUCGCGGCCAUCUUUUACGGCGGCGAAGCUUUCUCGUACCACAACUACUCCUGGAUUGCGAUACUAGUGAACAUCCCAGCGACGCUUUUCGCCACCGGUUUACUACGAGUUCUUGAUGAGGGACAGUCUUCAGAAGAUAAGCAAGGGGGCGGCUCUGCAUGA